AUGAAGCUCCUCAUCGUCGUCCUCGGCCUGGCUCUAGCUGUUACAGCGGAAGAACCAAUCUUCCGUGACUAUCAUCUAGAGAUCGGUAUCCCCGAAAGAGCUCGCAUAGACGCUGCUGAGGCGGCCGCGGAUUUCGACGGUUCCAGGAUUAUCGGAGGUCAGGCUUCAGCGCUAGGAGCUAAUCCCCACUUGGCUGGUCUACAAAUCACAUUGACAACCGGACAAAGAUCAGUUUGCGGAUCUUCUCUUAUUAGUAACACUAGACUGGUCACUGCUGCUCACUGUUGGAGAAGUGGUGGUGCACAAGCUAGAACUUUUAUCGUUAUUCUCGGAUCUGUCAACUACAAUUCUGGUGGCGUUCGUAUCUCCACCAGCAAUGUUGUUAUGCAUCCCAGUUACAACAUGAAUACCCUCCGAAACGAUGUUGCUGUCAUUCGCAUCAGUCGCGUUAACUUCAACAACAACAUCCGGGCCAUCUCGUUAGCCACCGGCUCCAACAACUAUGUCGGUGUUACGGCUGUAGCUGCUGGUUUCGGAAGAACGAGCAACACCGGCUCAGUAUCCAGUGUAGCGAGACAUGUAAGCCUGCAAGUCAUUGACAACAACACGUGUGCUAGGGUAUAUGGUACCGCAGUCGUUGGCUCUUCCACUUUGUGCACGUCUAACAGCGGCGGCCGAAGCACCUGCGGAGGUGACUCUGGAGGUCCUCUCGCGGUCGGCAAUACCUUGCAGACCCAACAGCAAAAUAGAUCAUACUUCCGCAAACCGAAAAUGAAACGAAUGCAGGUCAAAGGCGAGGAGCAAUCGAUCAGGUUUGUUCAAAUGGACCUGAUUGAGGUCCAAACGACACACAUCGCCGUAGUUGGGCAAAAAUAUAACACAGUAUUUAAGGCCAAUGUUCGAGUGCAAAACAACGCACUAUCGUCCAACAUGAAGCUCCUCAUCGUCGUCCUCGGCCUGGCUCUAGCUGUUACAGCGGAAGAACCAAUCUUCCGUGACUAUCAUCUAGAGAUCGGUAUCCCCGAAAGGGCUCGCAUAGACGCUGCUGAGGCGGCCGCGGACUUCGACGGUUCCAGGAUUAUCGGAGGACAGGUUUCAGCACUAGGAGCUAAUCCCCACUUGGCUGGUCUACAAAUCACAUUGACAACCGGACAAAGAUCAGUUUGCGGAUCUUCUCUUAUUAGUAACACUAGACUGGUCACUGCUGCUCACUGUUGGAGAAGUGGUGGUGUACAAGCUAGAACUUUCACCGUUAUUCUUGGAUCUGUUAACUACAAUUCUGGUGGCAUUCGUAUCUCCACCAGCAAUGUUGUUAUGCAUCCCAGUUACAACAUGAAUACCCUCCGAAAUGAUGUUGCUGUCAUUCGUAUCAGUCGCGUUAACUUCAACAACAACAUCCGGGCCAUCUCGUUAGCCACCGGCUCCAACAACUAUGUCGGUGUUACGGCUGUAGCUGCUGGUUUCGGAAGAACGAGCAACACCGGCUCAGUAUCCAGUGUAGCGAGACAUGUAAGCCUGCAAGUCAUUGACAACAACACGUGUGCUAGGGUAUAUGGUACCGCAGUCGUUGGCUCUUCCACUUUGUGCACGUCUAACAGCGGCGGCCGAAGCACCUGCGGAGGUGACUCUGGAGGUCCUCUCGCGGUCGGCAAUACCUUGGUCAGUAAUUAUUUUUCGUUAUUUUCUCGUCUUUUAUUUUGUACCAGUAACGACUUCACCUUUUACUUUACUGAAAUACAAUUUCCUUUGCUUAUUUUUAUAACAUUUCUUCUAUUUUGCAUUGUCUUUUAUUUUGUACUAGUAAUGACUUCUAUUUUUACUUUACAGACCCAACAGCAAAAUAGAUCAUACUUCCGCAAACCGAAAAUGAAACGAAUGCAGGUCAAAGGCGAGGAGCAAUCGAUCAGGUUUGUUCAAAUGGACCUGAUUGAGGUCCAAACGACACACAUCGCCGUAGUUGGGCAAAAAUAUAACACAGUAUUUAAGGCCAAUGUUCGAGUGCAAAACAACGCACUAUCGUCCAACAUGAAGCUCCUCAUCGUCGUCCUCGGCCUGGCUCUAGCUGUUACAGCGGAAGAACCAAUCUUCCGUGACUAUCAUCUAGAGAUCGGUAUCCCCGAAAGGGCUCGCAUAGACGCUGCUGAGGCGGCCGCGGACUUCGACGGUUCCAGGAUUAUCGGAGGACAGGUUUCAGCACUAGGAGCUAAUCCCCACUUGGCUGGUCUACAAAUCACAUUGACAACCGGACAAAGAUCAGUUUGCGGAUCUUCUCUUAUUAGUAACACUAGACUGGUCACUGCUGCUCACUGUUGGAGAAGUGGUGGUGUACAAGCUAGAACUUUCACCGUUAUUCUUGGAUCUGUUAACUACAAUUCUGGUGGCAUUCGUAUCUCCACCAGCAAUGUUGUUAUGCAUCCCAGUUACAACAUGAAUACCCUCCGAAAUGAUGUUGCUGUCAUUCGUAUCAGUCGCGUUAACUUCAACAACAACAUCCGGGCCAUCUCGUUAGCCACCGGCUCCAACAACUAUGUCGGUGUUACGGCUGUAGCUGCUGGUUUCGGAAGAACGAGCAACACCGGCUCAGUAUCCAGUGUAGCGAGACAUGUAAGCCUGCAAGUCAUUGACAACAACACGUGUGCUAGGGUAUAUGGUACCGCAGUCGUUGGCUCUUCCACUUUGUGCACGUCUAACAGCGGCGGCCGAAGCACCUGCGGAGGUGACUCUGGAGGUCCUCUCGCGGUCGGCAAUACCUUGGUCAGUAAUUAUUUUUCGUUAUUUUCUCGUCUUUUAUUUUGUACCAGUAACGACUUCACCUUUUACUUUACUGAAAUACAAUUUCCUUUGCUUAUUUUUAUAACAUUUCUUCUAUUUUGCAUUGUCUUUUAUUUUGUACUAGUAAUGACUUCUAUUUUUACUUUACUAAUUGGUAUCACUUCCUUCGGUUCGGCCGCCGGUUGCACGUUGGCACCAGCCGGUUUCGCCAGAGUUACCUCAUUUGCUUCUUGGCUCAGAUCACAAUAG